AAUGUCUUUGCUGAGUGGUUUUACCUGAAAAUCUUGCCACUGUGGAACUUCUUCACCUGCAGGCUCACUGCGUCUGCACUGUCAUGUUUAUUACUGAGAGGAGUAUCAUGCUGCUGUUGAGAGCAUUAACCUGCACAAAGCUGAAGUCACCGACACACCUGGCAGCCUUUUGUGUGUUGGUGUCGGUUGCACUGCUUCUGUAUCACCAUCCAUUUUUACUGCUCCAGUGGCGUCAGAAACCUGCCGAGAAAAACAAGACCGCUAUUUUACCUCUGGAUAUGGCGACCGAAUCCAUCGAUGACAUGUUUGACGGCUGUCGCUCUGAAGCCGCCUCCAUGAUCGACCUGUUUGGGAUGUUUGAGUGGCGCUUCAACAGAAACUUCAGUUACGCCUGGGCUGUAGCAGAAAGGAAUGCAAAGAAACCUGCGCACACACAGCUGAAAGACGACCAUGCUGUCGCUUUGCACAUGUACACACAAAUGAAAUUUAUCCAGCAGGAAUUCAACAAAGCGGUGCAAACAGGGAAACACGAGUACAACACUUACAGAUUUAGAUUCCACUAUUUGUACUUCUACCUCACUGAUGCUGUCAAAGUUCUGCGUCAAAAUUCAACAUCGUGCAGAACCACCUACCACAGGACAGAGACGCACUUUAACCACAAUGUCAUCAACACAAACAUGCGUUUUGGUGCUUUCACCUGGGCGUCUUUGAGCAAGCAGACAUUUCCCUUUAACGGCAACGUGUCAUGUUUUGAGAUCGACUCAUGCUUCGGUGCUGAUAUAACGUAUUACUCUGCGUCCAAACAGAUGGGACAGGUGCUGAUUCCUCCGUACGAGGUCUUCCAGAUCACCGACGUCCGAACAGAUGACCCGUGGUGCACCAUGGUCUACAAGCUGCAGAGCACCAAAACACAGAGGAACGAUCUAAACUGUAAAUUAAGCGACAGGGAAAUGAAAAAAUAUUUUGGGAAAGGUUUUACAAACUCAAAUACAAGCAGCCAUUUUUGGAUGAUUACAUCGUGCGUAAUAUUGUUGGCUAUCAUUUCGGCAGUCCUGAUAAAACACAGACAGAAGAGUUUUGUUGCAUCAUUGUUUGGUGCUCUGCUGGUGUGGGCCAUACUUUUGGUGACACUGAGAGUAAGUCUCUUAUUAAAGAGCAGUAGGUCAUGACCCCAGACUGUAUAGACAUAUGGACAACACGCCUCAACCUUCUUGUCUUGAACAAAUCCCCUCUGUGACGAGCAAUGACAUUUGAGGCCAGAUGUCUCGUCACUUCUGCAAAACCAAGAACGCAUAUUUAGCUUACCAGUAGAACAGUGAAGAUCCCUCAGGACAGCACAGUCCACAGCAGAACAGUAUCCUGUGCACACAUCGCUGCAGGAGCUGCAUUUGUUAACGGAGCUGUCAAUCAUGUCAUCAUGACCUCUGAUGCAGCCAGUCAGCAGGGGGAGCUCUCAAUCGUUUGGCUUCACUUGAACCGAGGUGUUGCGCCGUCCAUUAUUCAUAUAGAGUGUAUGGUUGUUUCCCUGAAAGCUCCUGUGACGAGUUUUUAGCUGGUCAUGAAAGAGACUAAAUUAAAUUCUGAUGCAUUUAUAUGAGCUUUGAAAAACAAACAAGACCAUCAGGAACAAGAUUGAUUAUAAUUAAAAGCCACAUAUUGUCCUCUUCUUUAACAAGUUUAAAUAAGUCUCAGAGCUCCCCAAAACAUGUCUGUGAAAUUUCUUGUUCUAAAUCCACUCUGAUCCUGUAUUUGAUCAUGCCUAUAAACCACUCUACUUGAUCAGAACAGGCUGUUUCUGUACCUUUAAAUGUAAAUGAGCAGUGUCUGACCACGCCCCCUCUCUUGAAGGGCUUGGGUGUCUCGGUCUUUCUCGCUCCAUGUCCUAUUGUUUACUGUGAGAAGGCAGACUCAGAGGGCAGAACAAACACCUAGCUGUGGGAGUGUCACCCACCUGGGGGAGGGGUUACUGCCCUUUGUGAUGUCAUGAAGGGAAAAUCUCCAAACGGCCUGUUUGAGCACACAUUUUCUGAAAAGUGGAGCAGGCAAAAGACGGAGAGGAUGAACUUUUCUCAUCAUUGGGGGGUUUGUUUACAGAGUAGGGCAUAUGUUAGAGUUAGAGAAACAUGGUGAAGAGUAUUUUGCAUAAAAUGUGGCCUUUAAAAAAGAGUUACAGCUGUUCAGUGUAAGAUUUCAGACACACUGAAACAGUCUUUGUUUACAGUUUCUAUGUUAAGGUUCAUGAGUGACAUGUUUGACAUCAAAGGAAAGAAUGAUGUGAUUUUUAUUCAGAAAACAUUGCUUACACAUUUCAGUUUUGUCCACAGGUGGGCGCCACGUUCAACACUAACUGACUGUUC